AUUUAACAGUUCAGUGAUCGAACUCGAAGAAUUUGGGAAAUCAUCGAGGUUAAUUUAACAAACUCGUUACAAUAUUUUGGAAAAUAGGGAAAGUUUAGAAAGUCCAGUGACGUAGGAGCCGAGUCGCGAAUGCGAUGACUAUUUAUUUGAUGACUGGAGAUAUUUCGCCUUGGUCUCAUUCACUAUCAGACCCAUUUGCUGCGGUUAUUUAUCGAGUCUGCAGAAAGCAGAACUAACGGCGUUUGUUAAAUUGUGUUCUUUAUUUGUUUUCAAGAUGGAUGACACUUUUUCAAAGACCAAACAUAUUUUUACUUGGUUUUUUAACUACCUAUGUUGAAAUAAGUGGAGUUCUAGAAAGAAGAAGAAAAGCCAAUUGUCAGACGAGUGGUGAAUUAUCUUAAUUAACUAAAUCCGACAAAGUAGUGGCAGCCCUAAUGAGGUGUAGUAGGUUAAAAUAUAUUUUCCAAUAAUUUCAACAUACUACGAAUAUUUCCGAAUGUAAUCAAGAUCCGAAGUUAUUGGAGAAUAAUUUCACAGACAGUGUUUUUCUGAUUAAAAAUUGUAUUAAUACCUUUUUCGUACUAAUAAAUAUUCAAAAGUAGCGAAAUUUGCUAAAUAAUGGGGAAAAAAAAUAAAAAUAAAAAGACUGGCCAAACUGGUGAUGAGCCACAAGGGCAUCAAGAACAGAGCCGGCCUCAACAGCAGCCACUUAAUCAACAAUGUCCUUUGAAUCCUCAACGUGAAGAAAAUAUGCCGCAACAACAGCAACAACCUAAAGAGCCGCAACCUCCACAACAAAAGCAACAGAAACAAAGGCCACAACCGACGCAGCAGCAACAACAACAAAGACCACAACAUCAACCAUCUCAACAACAACAACAAAGGGCACAACAGCAUCAACAGCAACAAAAACCACAAGGACCGCAACAGCAGCAACAACCUAAAGGGCCGCAACCUCCACAACAAAAGCAACAGAAACAAAGGCCUCAACAGCAGCAGCAACAACAACAACAACAAAGUGCACAACAGCAGCAGCAACAGCAACAAAAACCGCAACAACAGCAACAAGAACCGCAACUGCAGCAACAAGAACAAAGACCACAAAAGCGGCAACAACACCAAAGACCCCAAAAGCAGCAACAACAGCAAAAGCAACAGCAACCAUCUCAACAACAACAGCAAAAGCAACAGCAGCCAUCUCAACAACAACAACAAUGGCGGCAGCAACAGUACCAACAUCCCCAACAACAGCAGCAUCAAUGGUCGCAGCAGCAGCCACCGCAACAACAACAGCAGCAGCUCCCACAGCAGCAUCCGUGGUCGCACCAGCAGCAUCCCCCACAGCAGCAGCAGCAAUGGUCCCAGCAACAGCAGCAUCCCCCACAGCAGCAGCAGCAAUGGUCCCAGCAACAGCAGCAUCCCCCACAGCAGCAGCAGAAAUGGUCCCAGCAACAGCAGCAUCCCCCACAGCAGCAGCAGCGCCCACAGCAACAGCAGCAUCAGCAGAGAGAACAGCAGUGGCCGCAUCGUCAACAACAGCACGAGAUUGCUCGUAGUCAAAGCGGCUCACAACAAUCUAUUUCAUCGGGUGCUUCCACACCACAAUCUUCUGGCGCAAUACCCAAGCAAUCACAGCCUUCAUCUCGUGCAUCAAGUUCAGUUUCUGAUACGCCGUCACCACAUGUUACUCCACGUCAGGAAAGCAUUCCCAAAUCCUUAUCUAAAGCCUCUGUUUUUUCAGUUGUAACUCAAAAGAGCAUACCACCCGGCACGCUUGGUAUAAAAGGAGAAGCAGAAGCUAACUAUUUAACGUUGGAUUUGCGUAAUAUGCCUGAUGUGGUGUACCAUUACGAUGUUACCAUAACACCUGAUCGCCCUAAAAAGUUCUACCGUGAUGCUUUUAAUAAAUUUAUGGAAGAUUAUUUGAAAGGACAUUGUGCCGCAUACGAUGGUUCGAAAAAUUGUUACUUGUUAAAACUUUUACCCCAACCAGUUUACGAAGGAGAUGUGCAGGUUACUGAUGCCCAUGGAAAGUCAAUGAAGUUCAACAUUUCUAUUAAAGCUACUGAAAACCCCGCGGUUGAGUUGAAAUCAUUAAAAACGUAUCAUAAUGAGCGUGUUUUUGAUAAACCAAUGCGUGCAUUGCAAUGUGUUGAGGUGGUUUUAGCAAAUGCUUGUCACCAAAAAGGAGUACGUGCUGGCCGUUCUUUUUACACAAAGCCGAGAGAGGGUUACACAGAUCUUGGUGAUGGGUUCGAGUUGUAUGUUGGACUUUAUCAAGCAGCCAUUUUAGGCGAACAGCCAUAUGUAAACGUUGAUAUAUCACACAAGUCAUUUCCGUCAGAGGUCACCUUGACUGAUUUUUUAACGAAACAGUUGUCCGCUAAUUUGGAAAGAAAUUUGGAGACUAGAACUUUAUAUAAUUUUUGUUCUCAUAUGAAAGGAUUGAAAGUUAUUUAUAAUCCCCCGGCGAAAUUCGGCCAGGCACCGCGUUCCUAUAAAGUAAAUGAAAUUAGCAGAGAAGGUGCAGCCAAAUUGUCAUUUACCAAUAAUGACGGAGAGAAAAUGACCGUUCAACAAUACUUCGCCAGCCGAGGUUAUAAUUUGAGGUACCCUUUUUUAAAUUGUGUGGUAUCGGGAUCAGCAGUAAGACCAAAUUAUCUACCAAUCGAGCUAUGCAGUAUCGAGCCAGGACAAGCAAUUAAGAGAAAAGAUGGAGUCAAACAAGUACAAAGAAUGAUUAAAUAUGCCGCCACAUCAACAGGGGAGCGCAAAUUCAAAAUCAUGGAUUUGCUUUAUAAAUUUGACCACAACAAAGACCCAUUGGUAAGAGCUUUUGGACUAGCAGUCGGUAGAGAAUUUAUAAAAGUGCCGACGCGAUUACUUUCACCGCCAGCUAUUGAAUAUCGGUCUAACAAAUGCGUUAAACCGCAAGCAGGAUCUUGGCGUGGUUUCAAUUUUUUGAAAACUGGAGCUUCUCCAGCAAAGACUGGCUAUAAAUGGGCCAUUAUAUAUACCCAAUCAUAUAUCCUAAAGUUUUCCUUAUUGCAAGAAUUUUCAAGUAAGUUAUAUAAUAGCGCUGCACGAAUGGGUAUAAACCUAAGUGCCGAAAGACAAGUAGAGGAAACUAAAAACAUCAUCGCUACUCUAGAACAAUACAAAAGAGAAAAUUACGACUUAGUGGUUGUAGUGAUUCCCGGCCGCGGUACUACAUAUGCUGAUAUCAAACAAAAGGCCGAACUAGUUUGUGGACUACUUACUCAGUGUAUCAAGGAGCAAACUUUAAGUCGGGGAAUUAGAGAACAAUUGCUUUCAAAUUUGCUAUUAAAAGUAAAUUCAAAGUUGAAUGGGACCAACCACAAGAUUUCAUCCGCAACACACAUUGUGCUUGAUCACCCAAUGUUUAUGGGCGCUGAUGUCACUCAUCCAUCACCUGAUCAACGUCAUAUACCAAGUGUUGUAGGUGUGGCUGCUUCUCAUGAUUUAGACGGUGCUUCUUAUAACAUGCAAUACCGUUUGCAACAGUCCACAAAAGAAGAGAUUGAUGACAUGCAAAGCAUUUCUCGCCACCAUCUGAAGGUAUAUUUCCAGAGACAAAAGUGUUACCCCAAUCAUAUUAUCUAUUACCGUGAUGGAGUAUCAGAUGGCCAAUUUCAAAAAGUCGAGCAAUUCGAACUUGGCGCCAUACGUGCUGUUUGCAAAGAAUUACGUUUUUCACCGAAAAUAACUUGCAUAAUAGUUGUCAAACGCCAUCACACACGCUUCUUUCCAAUUAUUAAAACUACGGAUUCUUUCAAUAAUGUAUUACCUGGUACAGUUGUGGAUCAAAAAAUAGUACACCCGAACGAAACGCAAUUCUUCAUGGUCAGUCACCAGUCUAUUCAAGGCACGGCAAAACCCACUCGUUACAAUGUAAUUGUGGACGAUGCAAAAUUUACCAUGGAUCAAUUGCAACAGAUGACAAACAAUUUGUGUUAUAUGUUUCCCCGUUGUAACCGUGCUGUUUCUUACCCAGCCCCAGCUUAUCUGGCUCAUUUAGUGGCAGCACGCGGUCGCGUUUAUAUCGAAGGACCACCAUUAAAACGUUCACUUCCGGAAGAAUACAAGAGACGUUUAAUUAAUGAGAAUUUUAUGAAUAAUACACCAAUGUUCUUUGUUUAAUUAUUACCACAUACUCAAUUAAUCAUAAACCUAAAUAACUAAAAAAUUUAGGUAAAAUUAAAAUAUUAAUCAAAUAAUCGGAAACUCAAUUUAAUUUCUUUUUUUAUUAAUACCCUUAUCCUACAUUAUAACCAAGCAACUGAAAUAAAUUUACCGUGCACGCUUCA